AUGGGCUGCGGGACCUCCACGGCCACCAAGAAGGGCACGGGCCGAGGCCGUGCAAAAGAAGCCAACGAUGUAACAGAAUUAUCUAUCACAGAUGACAUGAGAAGAAACUACGGAGGGGUGUAUGUCGGUCCCCCAUCUGAAGCUGUCAGCGAGGUUCCCGGUCAGACCAAGACUACGGAAAAAUUAGAAGAAACUAAACUCACUGGAUAAUCACAAGCUUGUUGAGACGUGGCAGCGAUUUCAUUCCCUGGGACACUGUCACUGCAGACCUUUCCGUGCAACUUCUGAAGAGUCGCCUGCUCCAACACACCGCAGUCCUCCCAGCUCAGAACCAGGGGUCCAGGACGAAUGUUGUGGUACCAGAAAGAGUAAAGGCUAAACAGUAUGCCCUCGUCCGUGGAACUUUCUGGCAGCCCACCCCGACCCCCGCCCGAGAAUGGCACAUCAAGGCAUGCAUGCUGCCCUGCGCCCGCACAGACUCUGCUGCCCUGCAUGCUCAGCCCGAACCGCUCGCUACAGGACACUGCUCUCCAGGACCACGUCUUCCCACCGAUACUUUCUUGGUAGUUUCUAUGGAACAGAAACUUUCUUCUAUUAAUAACUUCAAAUCAUAAGGCACUAGAAAUGAAUGACCGGAAGUAAUGUAUCUGUUGGCUCUCUCUCACUAUUGUUUUUACUUCAUGUUAAUUUGUAAUUAUAAAAUUAUUCAGUUGAUUCUUAGUUAUUUCUCUUUCCCCUUGUCAUUGUUUUCAUGAGGCUAUCAUAAUUUUCAUGUCAGAGAAUCUCCUUUAUCAGCAACAAUGUC